AUGGGUAACCCACAGAUUGGUGAGGAUAUGCUACGUCGCAACCUCCACACCGACAGCAUAACAUGUCCAAACACGACUGCUCACUUGUUAGCCAUGGACGUACCUGAGGGUGUGUACGUGUGCGCCGGUUAUCACCCGUAUCAUUUGCGCUUGGGCCAUUGCUUUCUCCUCGAGGUCACUGCGCAUGGUGCUUUCGCCUCCGACGCGGACAUUUGUUGCGGGUCUCUCCGCGUGUACGGCGUGUCCUGGUUGGCUGGCUCCCUCUUCAUUCGCCGCGUGAAACUUCGGGAAUGA